AUGGGUUGCAUUCAAUCCGUCAAGCGGCGGAAGUUAACGCCGACGUGGGGGCCGUCCAAGUUGAAGGCGGAGAAUGGGCAUAACGGCAGUAGUAGUAAGAAGAAAGGUGGCAGCCAUUAUCAAAGUCAUGAUCAAGUGAAGCCUUUGGAGGAGAUUAUUAAUGAUGGCGACAAGAAGGAAACUAAUGGUCGGCCCAACGCCGCCGUGGUGGUCGGAAAGGACGGCCGCGGUGGAGGAAGCAAGUCUCAUAGGGUUGUGUUGAAGAAGAUCGGAGGGGAGGAAUAUUAUGUUGAUGGAUGGCCAAAGUGGCUUGUGGACAAUAUCCCAAAAGAUGUGUUGGCCAGUUUGGUCCCCAAAAGUGCUGAAUCUUAUGAUAAGCUUGCCAAGAUUGGUCACGGGACCUAUAGCAACGUCUACAAAGCUCGAGACAGGGACACCGGCAAGAUCGUCGCCCUCAAGAAAGUCAGGUUCGACACGUCGGAGCCAGAGAGCAUCAAGUUCAUGGCCAGAGAGAUCACGGUGCUUCAGAAACUGGACCAUCUAAACAUCAUCAAGCUCGAAGGAAUCGCGACUUCGAGGAUGCAAUACAGUCUGUACCUCGUCUUCGACUACAUGUUGUCUGAUCUCACUAGGAUCAUCGCCCGCCCUGAUCAACGACUCACCGAGCCACAGGUGAAGUGCUACAUGAACCAGCUGCUUCUGGGGCUGCAGCACUGCCACGAAAGGGGGAUUCUGCACAGAGACAUCAAGGGAUCCAACUUGUUGAUAGACAGAGAUGGGACGCUGAAGAUUGCUGAUUUUGGGCUGGCAAAUUUCUUCGUUCCUAAACCUAAGAGGCCGCUCACUACGAGGGUUGUUACUCUGUGGUACAGAGCUCCGGAGCUGCUGUUGGGAGCAACGGAUUAUGGCGUUGGGAUUGAUCUGUGGAGCGUUGGUUGCUUGCUGGCUGAGAUGUUCGUCGGUAGGCCCAUUAUGCCUGGCAGGACUGAGGUUGAGCAAAUCCACAGGAUAUUCAAGCUGUGUGGGUCGCCGGCAGAGGAUUACUGGAAGAUCAUGAGGCUUCCGACGAGCUUCCGGCCGCCGCAGCACUACAAACCGACCAUCAAAGAAGCCUUCAAGGACCUCCCACCUUCCUCCAUCACCCUCCUCUCCACUCUUCUCUCUCUCAAUCCUUCCUAUCGUGGCACUGCCACCUCUGCCCUCCAAAGCCAGUUCUUCACUACAAAUCCAUUGGCAUGCGAGCUCUCUGGUCUACCAGUCAUCCAGAAGCCAGAGGAUGAAGCAGCAAAGUCCAAUACUCGCAAGAAGCGCAAGAAACCAAAGAAGCAAGCCGCCACCCAACAAGCUAGUGAAGGUAGCAAGAAGCAAACUGGUUUCCAGGCAAAAGACGACUUGGAUCCAUCUCCCAAAGAGCUGGAGAAGAUCUCAGAGGAAGAAAGCACAACAAACAGCCAAGACACAGCUACAACAAUAAGCAUAUUCAGCCAGGAAGCAGGAGGGAACAGCACCAGCAGUAGCACUUCUUCCAGCAUGAAACCAGUGAGAGAGGAAGAACAACAGCAGCAGCAGCAGCCGCCAACGAUGAACAAGCUCGCCGGACGCGUCCACCCUUCUUUUUCUCCGGUGGGGCUACCACAGCUUCAGGACCGGUCAGCACUACGAACCGAGGCGCACCCCAGUGCCUCCAAGAACAUCCAGAACAACUUCACCCUUCUCCAGCCCUCCGUCUCCUCUGACAUCCUCCACCACUGCCAUGGCGGUAGCGGAGGACACCGUGCAGCCGCGGAUGGCCUGGGGAUGCAGCACUAUCGCCGGUCGACCCUCGACUUCUCUGCUCUGGAGCCUGACAAGAUCUCCAAGCUCUUUGGGCUCGACGAUGAUCGUUGA